ACGAGAGCAUCCUCACUCUCAAUCUAUGUUCAAAAGCCAACAAGAAUAAUCCAGUGGUGGUUUUUUUUAAAAAAAAAAAAAAAAAAUAUUCUAUAAAUUCAUUCAUAUAUUUUCACUAUAAUUAUAUUAUUUUUUGUGCAUGUGUAUUGUGAAUUAAUAGCAAUUAAUUAAUUGAUAUUAAUGAUUUGUUAAAAUAAUAAUUGAAAAAUAAUUGUGAGUCUGUGUCGAGUGAAUGCCGGAUUGAAUAACUUGAUGAUUCAAAAGUACGCGGUUAAAAAAAAACAGUGUUAUUUACAUAAGUCGGUUAACAGGACGUAUCAAUAAAUUAUCAAUAAAUUAUCGAAUUAUUUCAAAUUAAAUUAAGUGAUAAUGGCUAAUGUCAAUAUCAGGAUUUUUCUUAUAUUAUUAUUGACAAUUAUUGGCUGUGUCAAUAUGACUAACAGUGCUACUAUUCGUUCAGACGAAUUUGGAGAAUUACUUGAACGUAUGACAGCGUAUGAUAAUAAUUUAUCAGAUAAAAUACGUUAUCAAAAAAGAGCAAUUCAAUCAGGGGGUGAAAAUGUAGCUCCAAAUUAUUGCUUAAAUCAACCUUGUGGAUGGGCUGUUUAUAUACCAUCAACUCGUCAAAUUGAAUCAUUCAUAACAAAUGUAUGUACAUGUCCGGAUAGUACAUACGAAUGCAUUCGCACGGACGAUGACCUUUCAGUAAGUGCCUAUGUCUAUCGUUGUCGUCAGAAUACAACUGCGGAUGACAUUAAAGCUCCUAAGGAUGCAAGCUAAGGAUUUUUCAGACUGUAGUUUAUUACAUUUUAAUUUAAAAAAAAAAAAAAGAAAAUAUUAUUUCAUUUUUUUAUCCUAUUUUAAUGAGUGCAUUUUAUUUUUUUUUUUUUUAAUUUUAUUUUUUUUUUCACUCUCACUUUUUCUCUCUCGCUCUCCCUCUAAUUACUAUCUCGUAUUAAAAAAAAGAAAAUAAUAUUUUUAAGAUAGCAUAUUAAUAGUUAUUUACUCAACGUAAAUAUAAUAACUUAAAUUAAAAAAUUUUUGUAAAUUAGGCAGCAGAUAUAUUAUAAAAAAAAAAAUGAUUCAUCAACUUUUAACCAAAUGAUUCAUGUAGAAUUUUUUUUUAGAAUUAAUAAUUGAUGUAUUUACAAGACACACACACACACACAAAACUACAGGACUAUUUUUUUUUUUCAUUGUAUAUUUGAAAUUAUGAAAGAAAAAAAAAAAAACUCAUCGGUAUUAUAUAAUUACUCUAAAAUAAUUAAAAAAAAAAAAAAUUUUUUUUUUUUUUUUUCAUUUUUGGGUAAUGUAAUUUUCAAUAGAUAUUUUUUUUUUUUUAAACAAAAUUUUAUUCACUCUAUUUAAUUGCACAUUAUUUAAGAGAUUUUAUAUUUGUUAAAUCAUAUUAGGAUUAAAAUUAAUUAAUAUUAUAUUUAGACAAUAAUUUAUUUCCAUAAAAAAAAAAACCAUCAAAAUUUAAAUUCAUUUUUGAAAAAAAUCUAAUAGCUUUAUAUUGUUUAUAUUAAUUAACAAAAAAAAAAUAUAUUUAAUAAUAAUUAAACCUGCCAUGACAUGAAGAAAAAAAAAAUGAAAAUUAUAAAAUUUAAUUUAUAAACAAAAAAAAAACAGUUUUUAAAACGACAAAAAUUGUUUCGAACAAAAAAAUCAAAGAAAAAUGAGAAAAAAAAACGACAUCAAUAUCCUCCACGUACUUAAAUCGACGAAAGAUUUAUUAUAUAUAAUAUUUCCGAUAUGAUAAAUAUUAUCAAUAUUAUUAAUAUACAUUAUUUAUUAUUAUUAAAAAAAAAAAAAAAAACAAACAAAAAAGAAAUAAUAAAAUAAAAAAAUAUUUGUGUUUUUAUUUGUUACUUAAUAUUGCAUUGUACAAAAUUCAGUUGGGAGUAUCAUUUUUAUUAAUUUUUAUUGUUUAAUAAUAAUAUAAUAUUAUUGUUAAUAGUUUAAUAUUGUUGUUAAUAAGAAAUUUGAUAGAAAUAGUCAGAGGCUUAUACGUUAAAAAAAAAAGUAAUUGGUGCUGAUAGUAAUUCACUAAUUCCAUAUAGAAAACCAUUUAAUUUGUUUCUUUAAUUUUUUUUUUUUUUAAAUAAAAUUAUUGAUAUAUAGUCUCUGAUAAAAUGCUCAACCUGGAAAUGUGCAAAAUUAUAUUGUCCAUAAGAAAAAUAAUAAUGAAAUUAUGGAAAAGAAUGAAAAAAGAAAUAAUAAUAUUCAAAAAACUAUAGAAUUUUUAUUUUUAAUUAGUUUGUAAUUAUUAUUUUUUAAUUGGAUUAAUUUUUUUUUUUGUUUUUUUAUGUAUUUUACACAGUAUUUAAUUAUUAAAUUUUAUGUAGAUGGAGAGAAUGAGGGGCAAAGCUAGAUGAAAUAAAAAAAAUUAAUCAAAAAAAAAAAAAAAA